GACUCUUUGAGACGACAAACUCUGGCUUUCUUCGUUCGAGGCGUCGAGGGCGAUGGCGGAUACCUGCAGCCCCCGUAGGUCUCCCUGAGCCAUUUGCAUUGCCCUCUCCUCGGCUGCGCUCAGCCUCCCUCCCUUGAAUGUUACAUCGUUCUCCCUUUCUUAGACUUCUCUGUCUCUUAGCCUCGUUUCUGGUUGCUCUUUUCGUCUUAUAGAGGUCAGUAUUGAAAGGUUCGUGGUUGUAACCGUUUUUGGUGUAAUUUCUUGCGGUCGUUGGCUGGUGUUGAUGAUUUAGAUGUGUGAGAGAACAUCUUAAGUGGUAUUGUCGAGUUUGUUUAGAAGACUUUUAGUGUUACGUUAUAGAGGAGGAAUUUUUUGUCAGUUUGUUGUCCACGAGCGAUUAGGAUUGGGGGGGGGGGUGUGUGUGUGUGUGUGUGAAGUUAAAGAGGGAGUUGGAGGUCACUGGAUUGGAUUAGUCCUUUCGAUGUGAGUUUGUAAAGUGGCAGAGAAUGCUUGAUGUGACGAAUACGGGCGUAGAACGGGAGGAGAAUAUUUUCGACAUCUUGGAGGCUGAUCAGGUUCUUGAGUCUUCGUCGAGGAAAUUUAAGCAUCUGGAGACUGAUCAGAGUCUUGAUUCGACUUUUAAGGAAUCCGAACCUUAGAAGAAGACAAAGCAGAGUUCAAGGCUCUUAUAUACGUGGAAAAUUCAGUUCAUGCAUGAAAACACGUAAUGUCAACUUGUCACACGCUCUCGUGCGCGCGCUCACACAAGCAGGUAGUUUCAGAGAAGAGAUGGCACCUCGCAGUUCUAACGUUAUUGACGAGUAUGUUGCCGUUGAGGAACUUCAUGCAUUAAGUCCAAAAGAUAUGAGCUCACUUUUACAGGAAGAAGAGUCUCUUGUACUAAAACUAAGCUCUGCAAAAGGCGUAAUACUAACAGUGGAUAUAGAAAAGCUAGCCAGUUGCCUCCCAUUGCACCUCAUGGCAUGUGUUGCUUCCAGUGGAAUCGAGCCACGGCUGCGAUACUGGCUACGUUCUGUCCGCUUACUUCACACAUUGAGUUCCUUGGCUCAUGGUUACCCUAAACUUGCUCAGGUACUGCUACAGGACGUGAAGAUAAGGAUGCAGAUUCUUGAUCUUGUCACCUACAUGCUUGUUGUUUUAGCUAAUAUGGAGCAGGAGGGUCGAGGUGGGGGCUUCAUAGCGGUGCUUCAUGCUGCAUCAGUGGCUUGCAGUCUGUACCUGUUAAUGGCUUUUAUCAGCCAUGAUUGGUUAGAUAUUGCUCAUGUCCUUCUUGCUCAUCCAAAGGUCGACGUCUUCAUGGAUGCCGCCUUUGAUGUUGUCAAACGAGAUAUUGUGUUGCUUCAAGUGAAAUUGCGCUCUCUGAAUACAAAGCUCUCUGCAAAGAAGACCACAUUUGAAUCUGCCGAACGCGUUGCUCAAGUUACUGCAUUGCACUGCGAGGCAUCAUUACAAGUCCUUCAACAUCUUUGUGUUACACCAAAUUUUAGAGAUCAAGUACUUAGUCACAAGGAGCUCUGCAAAAACGGUGGCAUCUUGAAAUUAGUUUUGGCAGUAUUGAGGCUGCAACUUCCGCCUGUAUUUUCCAACUCCAAGUCUUUAAGAGCGACUUUCUCUCGUUCUAAAGCCAAAGCUUUGGUAAUGAUGCUGAAAUUCUGUGAAUCAGAACAGUGUUCAUUCUUGGAUGAAGUAGCUGCUGAACCACAUGCCAUGCAGCUUGCGGAGCAUGUUGCAUAUGAGGUACUUUUGCUAGUGAAAGGUGCUUUGCUGGAGGAUCCAAGACUUAUUGAAGAUGAAGAAGAGGAAAAGAAGAAUCCUAUGGGGUUGAUGCAUAUAACUUCAUUGCGCCUAGCUGACAUCUUUUCUGAUGACUCGAAUUUUCGCAACUUGGUGAUGGACCAGAUUGCUCCUGAUUUGGCAUCUGUAUUAGCAGUUCAUCCGACUAAGUUUCAAGAACGCUGGUGUGGAGGUCCUGUAGCUCGAGAGUUGGCAGUAGGAGAGCAGGAUGCAUCAUUAAUAUUCGACCCAUUUGAAGCUGCUGGAGAAGCAAUGGCAGCGGCUGCUAAGGUUGUUGGUGCGUGUGUUCCUAUCCAGGAAGAGCCUUGCAAUCCCCCUGACUUCCAGAUCAUACCUUUGGUAGCCAGUGCUCAUCAGACUCGGGCCGCCCUGUUGGUGAAAUUAUUUGCUAACUUUUUCUGUUUUAAUGCCGAGGUCUGCCCAGCUGAUGAGAAGGACCGGUUCAUGCACACAUUCUUGCGGUGUCUUCGUGAAGGGCCUUUAGAUCUAUCUCACCCCUUAUUUUUUCUAACUUUUGAGCGGACAGCCGUGCGAAUCUGUGAGAAUCUUCAUACACUGUAUGACUAUGUCCUGACCUUGACAUCAGAUACUGUAGUGGAUGAUGAUCUUGUUCUUGUCAGUGACUUUGCAGAGGCUCUCCAUCUUCAGAUCUGCCCGUCUUCUGGUAGUGUUGCGGAUGCUCCAUUGUUGAGCUUUGUUCGUGAUGGGCAUGAACAAAAGCUGUUACAAUGGAAGAAUGAGAGAGAGCAAUCUGAACGCUGGAAGCGGUUGGAUCAGUCUAGGCAGUCUGGCAAUGACGAAGUGGGUGCAACUGAGGGUGCAUUGCAGGCGUCAAAUGAGUCCGAGAAGAUCGAGGUGGACGCACUAUCCAAGGUGGAGGAAGUUCCACAUACUUCAGGAGAAGCUACUGGGCAUAAUAUAGAAACCACUCCAACUGCAACAGCGGUGAUGAAGACGGAGGAUGUGAAAGAGGAUUCCGUUCAGCGUGAUGGAACUGCCCAGAGUGAUGUCAUUGCCUUCCAGCGCGUCUCAACAAAGUUGGAGACCCAUAAAAUUGAGAUUAAGUCUGCAACUAUGGUGGUAAAAGAAGAGGUAGAAUCUAGAAGCGCCAAUGUCACAGAACGAGAGGACAUAGGAAGAGGGGAACAAGAAAGUGGAGGGGUGACUUUUGGUGGAAUGGGGACUCCGGCAACGAGGAAUAGUAGGGAUCGUGAGCCCUACAGUAGCGAACAUGGGGAUGAAUCUCAGCCCAAGAAACGGAAGAGGAACAUUAUGAGCGAUAAACAAGUUAGUGUAAUGGAAGCGGCUCUUCAAUUUGAACCAGAAAUGCAGCGUAGUCCAAAGUUGAUCCAGCAAUGGACUAAUCAUCUAAAUUCAAUCGGACCGGAGGUAGCGUAUCAUCAGCUAAAGAAUUGGCUGAACAACCGGAAAGCCCGUAUCGCCAGACAAGAGCGUGAAAAGCAGCGUCAAGAAGAAGGGGAUGCCCUCAUGACUCGACCUGAAAAGUCUCUCCCCGCUCGAUCUGUCGCCUCCGAUGACAUGGAUAGUCCUGCAGAGACCUCACCGCGGUUGAAAUAUGACGAUAUAGAUCAAGGAGAGGUUAUUCCCUUAAAGUUGUCCCUUCAAGUUUCUAGAACACCCUCAAAUGCUGGCAGUGAAGGUGAGCCACACAAUUCUAGUAACAGUUUGGUAAGAAAGUGGAAGGGUGGUGAUUAUGUGAGCUUGCGGAGUAAGAGCGGUAAAGACAUGGCUGUAGGAAUUGUUCUCCAAGUAGAAGGCUCCUGGCAGGGACAUAGUCUAGAGGAGGAAAGCUUGUGCCUAGUUCAAGUGUCGGAUCUUAAGGUAGACAGGACCUCGAAACUCCCGUUCCCUUCAUCAACGACAGGCUCUUCAUUUGAAGAAGCUGAAACCGUACUUGGUAAAACCCUUGUUACCUGGGACGUCGACCACAUGUGCAUGGUGACAAAUAUGUCUACACCACCGCUCGUAAAAGUAGUAAAUUCUACGUCGUGAACCUGCAGAUUGACAUCCUUUUUGUACAUGCCUUUGUGUACAUGACAUGUGCAUAUUUAAUAGACUCAGUUUUGGAACGGACACUAGUACACGAGUUUAUGCUACUCAGACGCACACAACCUUCUGAUGCACCAGCGGUAAUUAAGCUGGUUCACUCUCUCUAAUCAGAGACCGUUUUUAUUCUAAUUUACUAGUUCAAUCUCUUUCUGUUUGA